AAAAUACCUGUUGAGAAGCAAUGUGUGCCUUUCCGUCGUUACAAUGGUGGAGUUGGUAGGUGCGCCCAGGCAAAACAGUGGGGCUGGACACAGGGUCGGUGGUCCAAAAAGAGUGCUGAGUUUUUGCUGCACGUGCUUAAAAAUGCAGAGAGCAAUGCUGAACUUAAGGGUUUAGAUGUAGAUUCUCUGGUUAUUGAGCACAUCCAGGUAAACAAAACUGCCAAGAUGCGCCAUAGAACUUACAGAGCCCAUGGGCAGAUUAACCCAUACAUGAGCUCUCCCUGCCACAUUGAGAUGAUCCUCACUGAGAAAGAGCAGAUUGUUCCUAAACCAGAAGAGGAGGUUGCACAGAAGAAAAAGAUAUCCCAGAAGAAACUGAAGAAACAAAAACUUAUGGCCCGGGAGUAA